GAAUAAUGAUAAUAAAAAAUAAACAAAAACAAAAGCCCUCUCUUCCCGUCUGCAUGCCUCUCCUCUCUUUAAUUCUCUCCUUUCUUGGCCUCCGGCAUUCCCCCUAGUGCAUGGAUUCUCUACCUUAUUAAACAACCCAUAAAACUUUAUAAAAUAAAUUUUUAAAUAUUAACAAUGGUUUUCUCUUCUGUUUCAAUCUAUUCAGACCCUCCCAACUGGCAGCAGCAUCAUAAUCAUCAACAUGGAACUGAUACUGGUAGUGAAGAUCCUCAGCUUCCACCUCUUCCACCACCUUCUCAUGUUGGGGCUGCUGGUGGUGGUGGCGGAGGCUUCAUAAGGCCUGCUUCAAUGGCUGAUCGAGCCAGGCUAGCAAAGAUUCCACAGCCAGAAGCAGCACUGAAAUGUCCGAGGUGUGAGUCCACUAACACCAAAUUUUGUUACUACAAUAACUAUAGCCUUUCACAGCCACGUCACUUUUGCAAGACGUGUAAGCGGUAUUGGACUAGAGGGGGCGCCCUUAGAAAUGUUCCGGUCGGUGGAGGAUGCCGAAGAAACAAGAAAAACAAGAGCAGUAGCGGUAGCAGCUCGAAAUCCACUGCUUCUGCCGAGAUGCAAGGACAAGGUGGUUCGAAUUCAACAAAUGCUGUUAAUAUUCCUUCUGAAAUCACAGGUCAUUUGUCACAGAAAACGCCUCAUUUACCCUUCAUGGCUUCUUUGCAAAGUUUUCCUCAGUUUGGUUUGGGAAGUAUUGGCUUAAACUUUAGCGGAAUUCAAGGGACAACAACUGGCAGUGCACAAUCCGAGAUGGGAUUUCAGAUAGGAAUUCAUCAGCAGUUCCCUUUGUUUGAGCCAACCAAUGGUUUAUACUCAUUUCAAAGUGAGAGCAUGGAAGGAUCAUCUUCCAUGGUGGGAGAAAACCAGCUUCUCCGUUCCAUAGCUUCAAUCUCUAGGGUUUGUCAGCUGGAUCCAGUAAAAAUGGAGAACAACAACAACAACCAAGGGCUGAAUCUAUCAAGAUCAGUGAUGGGUGGCGUUUCGGAGAAUAAUCAGUACUGGGGAGGAAAUAGUUGGACAGAUUUAGCAGGUCUCAACUCUUCUAAUACUAAUCAUCUCUUAUAGCUGGUUUCAGUCUUUCUUCAUUGACAGCAGUUUAAAGCUUUAAUGACAGAUAUUAUUAGUUGACAUAAAAGUUGCAGUGUUCCCUUGAUCACCUUGACUCACUCACAAGCUUCAACGUCACAAAACACUAAGAUUGGCAGAAUUGAUGUUGCAUGU